GAGCCUUCUACAACGUCGAUGUUAUUGAACAGGAGUGGAAAGUCUUUAAGAGUUUCUGCUGCUGAUUGAACCCUUUCAUUUUGUUGUACUACAAUGUUUCCACUAGAUUAGGUCAAUGCAAAUCAAAUAAGAGAUGGUCGAGCUCCUCUAGUCCUAAGCUCGCGAACGACUUGGGGACUUGAAACUAACUUAAACUUCUCCGGCUUCAAGUGUUUCCGCGACCCACUGAGACGAUGCGCCGCUUUGAUUGUCCUCAAUACUGUUCGGAGUAGGUGAUUGUAGGUGCUGCUACGAGCCAUGCUUCCUGAGCUUCUUCUGUUAUUGGUUGGGUAGGUGGAGGCCUACUGGGUACUUCAACUCUCCUUAAUAAGAUGUAUUCAAAAUUUCAGAUUUCGCGUUGUGUUGAUCUUAAGCCUUUACUAUGGUGUUGAACGAUGCUUCUGCGACGACAAUGUCUUCUUCGUUUUUGAGCUUGCAGAAUUACAACGUCAGUAGGCCUCUGAUUGCAAUUACCUUGAUCUUAGCUAUCGGGCUGGUGGCAUUGUUUGGUAAGCUUGGUCGUAAGGAUGAGGAGGACACAAAAGGGACUGAACCUCCCGAGGUCAAAUCAAGGAUGCCACUAUUUGGGCAUUUGAUCGGUAUGCUGAAGGGACAAGUUGGCUACUUCCAGACUUUAAGUUCCAAGUACCCUCUUUAUUCGGGUUUCACGCUCAAGAUAUUCGCCGCUCGCAUCUACGUUAUCUGCGAACCUUCGCUAAUUCAAGCUGCAUAUCGCAACACGAAAGCGUUUGAUUUUACCACAUUUGUUGUUGAUUCUUCGAAACGUGCGUUCAAUAUUGGCGAAGAUGGAAUGAAAAUAAUUCGCGGAGAAACCUCACCAGAUUAUGACCCGAAAGGGCCGUUUCUAAAUGGGAACAAUGGAACAUCGUACCUGAACGAGAAUCAUAGAUUGAUGGUAGAAUACUUGGGACCUGGUGGAAGUCUGCUAGAAUUGAACAAAGGGGUUCUGGGUUCUGUUGCUGAUAUCCUCAACAAGCUUGAUCAGAACUCUGAAAAAGUAUCCCUCUAUAGAUGGAUGAGAGAUACCCUUACGUUGGCUACAUCUGCGUCUCUUUACGGGCCACACGAUCCCGUGAGUGCUGAUCACAGCCUCAUAGAUUCUCUCUGGGACUUCGAGGAAGGCAUGACAAUACUUAUGCUUGAAUUUCUUCCUACAUUUACUUGUCCGAGAGCCUAUCAUGGCCGUAGAGCCAUCAAAACUGCCUUUGCAUCAUAUUAUGCUUCAUCACAUCAUAUGACCGCCAGCGCCCUCGUAAAAUCACGAUUGGAGUGCUCCCAGAAAUGGGGCCUGACAGCCGAUGAGAUUGCGAACAUCGAAAUCUCUACACUUUUUCUUGCGACAACCAAUUCAGCACCAACAUGUUUUUGGCUACUUGUUAACAUUCUUUCAGAUCAGGCUUUGGUAUCUUCCAUUCAGACCGAGAUCUCCAAUAUCAUAUCAAAGAAUAAAGAUGAGAACGGAAUAGAAGAAUGUGUCAUGGACAUUGCUCUGUUCCAAUCUUGUUGUCCUACAUUAAUGUCGUGCUUUCGUGAGACACUUCGUUUCGCUGAUGCAGCAACAUCUGUCCGAUCCGUUACCCAAGAUGUAAUUCUCACAGCAUCAACCUCUCAAUCUUCGUUUUUGCUUAAAGCUGGAAACGUCAUACAACUUCCUUCUGGAGUUACUCACAAUUCGCCAUCGAUCUGGGGGCCAGAUGUUAAUUCUUUUAAUCCAAUGCGAUUCCUACCAGAUACCAUUGCGAAACUUGGCAAAGAGCAGAAGAAACAGCAAACACAGGGAUACUUUCCCUUUGGUGGUGGAAAGCAUUUAUGCCCAGGAAGACAUUUUGCCACGACUGAAAUACUUUCACUUGUUGCUGCUAUUAUCAUGGGGUUUGAUAUUGAGGGUUCCAGUGUGCCGGAUAGAGCAUUUCAAAAGUUGGGGACAGCGGUUAGGAAACCCAAAAAUGAUGUUGAAGUCAACAUAAAGAGGAGAAAGGGUUGGGAAAAUGUCAAAUGGAGAUUCAAUGUGCAGGGUAAAGUUGAUUUUGAGGCUUUGGUGGGAGAGAAGACUGAUGCCUGACCUAUGUUUUGAGAUAUAUCAUUAUUUUACGAGAUUUUGGUGCUAGCUGUUAUUCUCAGGCUAGCUUGAACUGUAAUUCAAUAAAGGUCGUUUGAUAUCCUGAGUUCA